AUGGCCGAGGAUGCCAAGAGAAAAAGCGAUGGCCCCGAGGCCGAGGCCAAGCGGCAAAAGGGAGACAAGGGCGAGGUCAUGUCUUUGGAGCAAGUGCUCGCCAAGCGGAAGGAGGAAAGCAAGGUUCCAAAGCUGAAGUUUGUAUCCAAGAAUGACCGCGAAAAGAACGCGGCGAAAGAGCAAGACAAGCAAAAGGCCGAACAGAAGAAGAAGGCAGAGGAGGCCUCGAAGCGAAGAAAGGACUUCCUGCUUCAAGAAGAGAUUGAGCGAGAGCGCGAGCGCCAGCGCGAGCGCGAAGAGCGCGAGAAGGAGCGCAAGCGCCGAGAAGAAGAGCGUGCUCGCGAGCGCGAAGAGCGCGAGAAGGAACGACUGAAGCAGCGCGAGGAGAAGGAAGGUUUGAUGCAGACGAGCUCCCUGGCGGAGAUGAACCUGCUGAAGCUUCCGGACCAAGAGCGCCGCGAGCGACAAGCCGAGAAGGAGCUGGAGCUGAUCAAGCGCCACUAUCUUGGCAUGAAGGAGAACAAGAAGAAGAUGCAGAAGCCGUCUGAAAAGUUUAGGAACAUCUUCAACUUCGAGUGGAACGCCGAUGACGACACCAUGCGCGGCGACAACAAUCCGCUCUACACCAAGCGCCUGGAGCCGCAGCUGCUGUUCGGUCGCGGCUAUCGGGCCGGAAUCGACGUCCGAGAGCAGCGCAAGAACAAUAGUUUCUACGAAGAGCUCAUCGCCAAGCGCGCCGAGUACUCUGGCGAGGACGUGUCCGCCUUCGUCCAGCCCUCCAAGGAGCCUUUGUCCUUCAAGCAGCGAGAUAUCGAGGACAAGGACAUCAACAAGACUCACUGGACGGAGAAGCCGGUGGCUGAGAUGACCACCCGCGACUGGCGCAUCUUCCGCGAGGACUUUCAGAUCUUUAUCCGCGGCGGCCGUGUGCCGGUGCCCAUGCGGGUUUGGUCCGAGGGUCCGCUGCCAUGGGAGCUGCUCGAGGCCGUUCAGAAGGUGGGCUACGCCAGGCCUACGCCUAUCCAGAUGCAGGCCAUCCCAAUUGCCUGCCAGUGCCGAGAUCUUAUUGCGGUAGCAGAGACCGGAAGCGGCAAGACAGCAGCCUAUGUUCUUCCGAUGCUGUCCUACGUCAAGAAGCUUCCAAAGCUGGACGACACGUCCGCGCAGGAUGGCCCGUAUGGUAUCGUUCUGGCACCCAGCCGUGAGUUGGUCAUCCAAAUCGAGGAGGAGGCUCGGAAGUUUGCAGCCUUCUGCGACUGCCGCAUGGUCAGUGUCGUGGGCGGCAGAGAUGCCGAACAGCAGGCCUUCACCCUGCGCCAGGGUGUGGAGAUGUGCAUGGCCACGCCCGGCCGUCUCUGCGACUCCCUCGACAAGAGGCACACGGUGCUCAACCAGUGCACCUACGUGGUCAUUGAUGAGGCAGACAAGAUGGUGGACCUCGGUUUCGAGGACUACGUCCGCCGUGUCCUGCUGGCCAUUCCUGCCUCCAACAUGAAGGCGGACAAAGAGGACGAUGCCGAGAAACAGGAGGAGGAUGCCAUGGGGGGCAAGAAGAAGUACCGAAUCACCCAGAUGUACAGUGCGACGAUGCCACCGGCCAUUGAGCGAAUGGCCCGCAGCUUCCUUCGGUGUCCGGCCAUCAUCAACGUCGGCGAUCCUGGCCAGGCGAAGAAGGACAUUGAGCAGCAGCUGGAGUUCAUCAGCGAGGCCAAGAAGAAGAAGCGACUGGAGGAGAUGCUCGUGGGUGCCGAGCCGCCUAUCAUUGUGUUUGUGAAUCAGAAGAAGGCUGUGGAUGUGCUAUCCAAGUCCUUGGACAACAAUGGCUACCGAGUUUGCUCCAUCCACGGAGGAAAGAGCCAGGAGCAGCGAGAGUGGGCCAUGAACUCCUUCAAGGAGGGCAGGUACGACAUUUUGGUCGCCACCGAUGUGGCCGGGCGUGGCCUGGAUAUCGAGGGCGUGCAGCGUGUGAUCAACUUCGACAUGCCGAAGACGAUCGAGGACUACACCCACCGCAUCGGGCGAACUGGCCGAGCAGGUCUGAAAGGUUUGGCGAUUUCCUUCGUCACACCGGAGGACUCCGAAAUCUUCUAUGACCUCACGAACUUCCUCAAGAGCUCGAACCAAGUUGUGCCGCCAGAGUUGGCCUCGCAUCCCGCCUCAAAGUUCAAGCCGGGCACGGUCAACGAGCACGGUCAGGUCAUGGGCCGCAAGCUGGUCGACCAAGUCGUCUUCGCGAAGAAGUGA